CGCGCGUGCGGAAGAGCUUCGCACAGGGUUUCGCAGACGAGCGAUGCGCAUCUCGAUUCCUUGCACGCGUGAGAUUAUGAAAUAGGUGUCAAGUACUGCAGUCCUUGGCCGUAUACGUGCCGUGAGAAAGUUGAGGCAUGACUGUCGUCGCAUGACCGUGUACUGCCCACCAACGGUGUCUUGAAGCCGUAAGCACGAUCGUUAGAGAGAUCACAAAAUGGCAAAUUUUAGCACUGUAUUUGUAACUGGAGGUGCUGGUUACAUUGGAAGUCAUUGUAUUGUAGAACUACUUGAGGCUGGCUACAGUGUCAUUGCCAUUGAUAAUUUUGCAAAUUCUGUGAAUGGAGAACAUGGCGAAGCACCUAGUCUGAAGAGAGUAGAGCAAAUAACAGGGAAACCAGUGAUAUUCUAUCAGUGUGAUCUUUUGGACAAGUCAAAACUAGAAGAGAUAUUUAGUAAACACAAGAUUGACUGUGUUAUUCAUUUUGCAUCAAUGAAAGCAGUUGGAGAAUCAAUGCAAGUUCCACUGCUAUAUUACAAAAAUAACAUUGUCGGGACUAUCAACCUACUUGAGGUUAUGAAACAAAAUAACUGUUACCAACUGGUAUUCUCAAGCUCAUGCACUGUGUAUGGUAAUCCAGAGUAUUUACCAAUAACAGAAGAGCACCCAACAGGUGAAGUCACAAAUGUUUAUGGACGGACAAAAUAUUUCAUUGAGGAAAUGCUGAAGGAUAUAAGUGCAGCAGAAAAGAACUGGAAUAUUAUAUCACUACGAUAUUUCAAUCCUGUUGGUGCACAUCCAUCAGGAUUAAUUGGUGAAGAUCCUACUAAAGCAUUUACCAAUUUGAUGCCAUAUAUGGCACAAGUUGCCAUUGGCAACAAAGAGAGCCUUACCAUUUUUGGUGGUGAUUAUGACACGGUGGAUGGAACAGGGGUACGAGAUUACAUACAUGUAAUGGACUUAGCAUCUGGGCAUGUCGCAGCCCUGGACAAACUAAACAAGGAACAUCUAAGGUUAAAAGUUUAUAAUCUUGGUUUGGGUACGGGAUUAUCCGUGAAAGAACUUGUACACGAAUUUGAGGAAGUGACAGGUGUACACAUUCCAUAUGCUUUGGGUCCAAGGAGAGUUGGAGAUGUGGACAGCCUGGUCUGUGAUGGAAGUCUGGCAGUAACAGAGCUGCAGUGGCAGCCCAAAUAUGAUGUUAAAAUGAUGUGCAGAGAUUUUUGGCGUUGGCAGACAAUGAACCCAAAUGGAUAUCGCAGUGAGACAGCUACUGCAGCAAAAUUGAAUGGAACUACUCUGGCAGUGAAUGGAAAACAACUGAACGGGCAUUAGUCUCCUCAAUGACCAUGGACACUGUAAUAGUCAUAUUUUCAUGAGAAUCCUAUGAGGCACAAAUAAUAGUGCAUUGUACAUGGUGUGGCAGCUCCAAUAAUGUCAAUAUACACCUUUUCAAUGCACAUGGUGACUAAACCCUGGAAAUGUUACACACUAAAACAUUUUUAAUGUGUAAUGUAACUGUAGCCUCUCUUACAUCACAAUUGCCAGUAUUAUUCAGUUAUUGCUUUACUUUUAUCAUUGUCAUUAUUAAUGCAAAAACAGAGAUUGGAACUGUAUUAUAUUUUUCAGUCUCAGAAGAAAACCACAGUAUGUAAAAAUGUUUAUUGGAUUUUUAAUUGGUACAGCAUUUAUGUAUAAAUUCUGAUGUUCAGUAACUGCUGAUUCAUAAUACAUAUUCAUCUCAUUUCAAUUUCUUUGGAUCAAUUAAUGUGAUUUGGUACUGUUUUAAUUUCAAAAUACAAUUACAAGGAACUGUGGGAUACAAACUCAUGUAUUUUGAACUAGAAAUGAUACCUGGAUGUAAUCACAUUAUUAUUCGACAAGUUUUAUCAUGGACAGUUACAUGGUAACUUUUGAUGUAUUCACAAGAAAGGAAUAAUAAAAUGGAAUUAAGUCUCA